AUGUCGUCGCUACGACCAUUGGUGCUGAAAAGGCUCACCGCGACUCCUCUCCAUUUACGCGUCCGUCCUCGGAGUCUUCCCCAGACAUAUUUGAUUUUUCGGGCACGAGCCUUCACAUCUAUACCAGGUAUUCCAACACCCGAGGAAGAUGAAGACGGUGGUAAAGGAUCCAGGAAACCCGAAGAUGAAGAGAGCAGGUGGAAACCCAUCUUCUGGAAAUCCCUAGAGUCGACCUUUACUACACUUGCAUCGGUCACAGUGCUUGGGCUCAUCGGCUACUCUUAUACUCGUUACUACAAGGCCUUGAUCUUGAGAAAGAUGGAACAUGCCUUUGCUCCUGGCGAUCCUGUUCUAGAGCUUGCUGCAAUGUCCAAGAGUGAGGAUGGACAUCGAGAGCAUUGGAUACUCCGAGAGGAACAGACAAAGCUCGAUGCCAUCAUUCGCGGCGACCUCAGAGGACAAUACUACCUACUAGUGGGUGAAAAGGGAACGGGAAAGAGCUCCAUGCUCAUUGAUGCCAUGGCCAAAAUUGACGGCGAAGGAGUUGCCAUGUUUGACGCUCACUCUGAUCUCGAAAUCUUUCGCGUGCGCCUAGGAAAAGCUUUGGACUUUGAAUAUCACGAAGACAAUAUCGGAUCACUCUUCUCUAUUCGAGGUCCACGCGAUGCUUCUGCUUUGCUCGACAUUGAAAGAGCCUUCAAUAAGCUGGAAAAGGUGGCCUUACGCCGAAGAGCAACUGUUGGACGGCCCUUGAUCAUGAUCAUCAACAACAUGCAUUUAUUGCGAGAUGAUGAAGACGGUCGUGAUCUUCUCGAGUUGCUGCAACAGAGAGCUGAGCAAUGGGCUGCCAGCAACUUGGCCACCAUCAUUUUCAACAGUGACGAUUACUGGGUCUAUGAAAGACUGAAGCAAUUGGCGACACGCAUGGUGGUAAUGCCCGUGCCUGACUUACCCCGAGAAAAGGCCAUGAUGGCUCUACGAAACUACCGUGCCAGAUACCAUAGCGACAAACCUCUCGACUCAGAGAUUCUGGAGCAAGUGUACCAAAAAGUGGGUGGUCGCUUGGCCUUCCUCAACCGCGUCGCAAAAUCUCCCGACAUGCUCUCAACAUGCGAAGACAUUUGUCGCGCAGAGAAGACCUGGCUUCUUUCUCAAACUUGGAUUCUCGGCGAAGAGAUGGAUGAUGAUGUUAUGGAUCAACAAAAAUAUGCCUCGGCUGCAAUGGUUUUGGCAAAGGCCUUGGUAGACAAGGAGAAGGAAGACAAUCUAGAAUAUGAUGCUGAAAAGGGUCACAUGCUGCCAGAGAUACCUCUGCACAAGGCAAGACAGAUCAUGACACGAGCCGACUUCAUCCAAAGCUAUGAUGCCAUCAACAUAUUCACCAUCGACAGCAAGGCUAUGGUACGAGCUGAUUCUGUUCCCAUGAUGAAUGCUUUCCGUGAGAUAUGCGCCAUCGAGGGCUUCGACGAAUACUUAGAGGCAACUUUGGAUCGCAUUUCUGCUAUUGAGAGCUUGGGACGUACUCGCGAGCUUACAAUCAAGGAUCUUUGGGAUGGAGGAAAGUAUCGCGUUACCACUCGUAAUGCAAAGGGUGCCAUUGAGAAAUUAAUCAAUUUCGAGGUUGAGGAAAAGGAAGAAGACAAGGAUGAUAAAGAUGAUUGA